AGACCAUGCCCUUCAUCUUUUCUUUCCCCUAAUCUGCUCUGUCUGUGUCCAUCCAGGCUCUCCCCACCUGGCAAAACUGCUCAGAGCUGCUGGAGACUCCACCUGCUUUCUCUUUCCGUCUGCGGAGCGUGGUCCAGCCUCUUGCUGGGCACGUUGAGAGGAACUGCCUGUCUGACCUUCACCUCCAGCUUUGACAGAUCAGAGUCAAGGAAGGUUUUCAUAAUGGACACUUCAUCCAAAGAAAAUACCCAGUUAUUCAGCAAAAACUCAGUGCAACCUGUUGAGAGGCCUUCCUUUAAAACAGAACACCCCUCCUCAGAGGAGAAACAGCCCUGCUGCGGUGAACUAAAGGUGUUCUUGGGCGCCUUGUCUUUCGUGUACUUUGCCAAAGCCCUGGCAGAAGGCUAUCUGAAGAGCACCAUCACGCAGAUAGAGAGAAGGUUUGAUAUCCCUUCUUCACUGGUGGGAGUUAUUGAUGGUAGUUUUGAAAUUGGGAAUCUCUUAGUUAUUACAUUUGUUAGCUACUUUGGAGCCAAACUUCACAGGCCAAAAAUAAUUGGAGCAGGAUGCCUGAUCAUGGGAGUUGGAACACUGCUCAUUGCAAUGCCUCAGUUCUUCAUGGAGAGGUACAGAUAUGAAAGGCAUUCUCUCUCCUCUAAUUCCACUCUCAGCAUCUCUCCAUGUCUCCUGGAGUCCAACAGUCAAUUACCAAUCUCAGUUAUGGAAAAACCACAAUCCAAAAGAAGUAAUGAGUGUGAAAUUGAUAGCAGCUCCUCCAUGUGGGUUUAUGUCUUCCUGGGGAACCUUCUUCGUGGAAUUGGGGAAACUCCCAUUCAGCCUCUCGGCAUCGCCUACCUUGAUGAUUUUGCCAGUGAGGACAAUGCGGCUUUCUAUAUUGGGUGUGUGCAGACGGUUGCAAUUAUAGGACCAAUCUUUGGCUUCCUGUUAGGCUCGUUAUGUGCCAAGCUGUAUGUUGACAUUGGCUUUGUAAAUCUAGACCAUAUAACCAUUACCCCAAAGGAUCCCCAGUGGGUAGGCGCCUGGUGGCUUGGUUAUCUAAUAGCAGGGACCAUAAGUCUUCUUGCAGCUGUGCCCUUCUGGUGUUUACCAAAGAGUCUACCGAGACCCCGAAGCAGAGAAGAUUCCAAUUCCUCCUCUGAGAAGUCUAAGUUUAUUAUGGAUGAUCACACAGACUGCCGAACACCUCUUGGAGGAAAAGCAAAAAUAAUGGAAAUGGCAAGAGAUUUUCUGCCGUCACUGAAGAGUCUUUUUGGAAAUCCAGUGUACUUCUUGUAUUUGUGUGCCAGCACCGUUCAGUUCAAUUCUCUGUUUGGCAUGGUGACAUACAAACCAAAGUACAUCGAGCAACAGUACGGGCAGUCGUCCUCCGAGGCCAACUUUGUUAUCGGGCUUAUCAACAUACCUGCAGUGGCCCUUGGAAUAUUCUCUGGGGGGAUAGUUAUGAAAAAAUUCAGAAUCAGCGUGUGUGGAGCCGCAAAACUCUACUUGGGAUCAUCUGUCCUUGGGUACCUCCUAUUCCUUUCCCUGUUCGCUUUGGGCUGUGAAAACUCUGAUGUGGCAGGACUAACCGUCUCCUACCAAGGAACCAAACCUGUCUCUUAUCAUGAACGAGCUCUCUUUUCAGAUUGCAACUCAAGAUGCAAAUGUUCAGAGACAAAAUGGGAACCCAUGUGUGGUGAAAAUGGAAUCACGUAUGCAUCGGCUUGUCUUGCUGGUUGUCAAACCUCCACCGGGAGUGGAAAGACUACUAUAUUUCACAACUGCACCUGUGUGGGAAUUGCAGCCUCAAAAUCAGGAAAUUCUUCAGGCAUGGUGGGAAGAUGUCAAAAAGAUAAUGGAUGUCCCAAAAUGUUUCUAUAUUUCCUUAUCAUUUCAGUCAUCACGUCCUAUACUUUGUCUCUAGGCGGCAUACCUGGAUAUAUAUUGCUUCUGAGGUGCAUUAAGCCACAACUUAAGUCUUUUGCCCUGGGUAUCUACACAUUAGCAGUAAGAGUUCUUGCAGGAAUCCCAGCUCCCGUAUAUUUUGGAGUUUUGAUUGAUACUUCAUGCCUCAAAUGGGGAUUUAAAAGAUGUGGAAGUAGAGGAUCCUGCAGAUUAUAUGAUUCAAAUGCUUUUAGGCACAUGUAUCUGGGACUAACCACGAUGCUUGGCACAAUGUCCAUUUUCCUAAGCACUGCAGUACUUUUCACUUUAAAGAAAAAUUAUAUCUCAAAACAUAGAAGCUUCAGAACCAAGAGAGAAAGAACAACGGGGUCUACAAGAAUCAGGAAGGAAAAUUUUACUACAAGUGAUCACUUGCUGCAACCCAGCUACUGGCCAGGCAAGGAAACGCAGCUUUAGAAAAAUGAUGACUUCAAGCCAUGUUUUCUAAUUUCUGGAAAUUCUGCAAACAAAUUUUUAAUGAAAAGGUAUAAAUCCUUUCUCCUUUCAAAAAAUGUCUAAUACCUAGGAUCAAAAACAAAGUAAAGUACCUGAUAAAAAAUACAAUUAAUUACAUUAUAGAAGAUGUAGAGGGUAAAGUUAUAAAUAAAUUCCUUACAUUAUUUACUCAUUCUGCUUAAUUUUGCUGGCACCCAUUGAUAUAUUAGCUGUAUUCCAAGUAGAACAACUUGUCCCUCUAGUUUAAUGACUAUGUGUAAAGUAAUUACUAAACUGAGAUACUUGUCCAGGGUAAGAGAAUAUGUGAAAAAAAAAGUUAAACCAUGUCUUAGCCUCCUUCAAAUAUCACCUUAAUGGAGGAAUAUUUUAUCUUAAGCUCCUCUUUUGUUUUGAAAUACAGUAAUUGAUACAGAAAUGCAUAGAGGCAAAUGAUCUUGGGGGAUUUGAAUUUUGGAUAAUUAGCUCUUCUCCAGUUCAUUACAUGUACUUUAUGUGUGAGAGUUUAAGUGACCAUAGUUGGAAAAUAAUAAAAUUAAUAUUAACAUGAUUUAUUGUCCUUCUGUGAGUUCCACAGAGUAAAAAAAAAUUGAUAAAUACAAUACUGCAUAUCUUAAUGUAUGUAAGAAACUCCAGUCUUAUGCAUAUGACAUGGUCCUAGAGCAUCUUUGAAAGCUGAGUUUCUGAAAGUCUACAAUAAGCUUAGAUGUUAUAACAGGAAUGCAGAGUGACAGGCUGAGUGAUGGUGUGGUCGCUUUUGGUGCUCUACCUGGCACCUGUCAUGGGGCCUGCGGGGGCUGCCACUGGGACAGCCUGCCAGACAGUUCUCUGUUUCUCUGCAACUUGAAGAAAUCAAGGCAUUUCCUCUUCCCUGGCUUCCUGGUCCUGUUCUGACUAGAACUAGUGGGUUCUGCAGUCCGUCAUCGUGAACCUUCAGCUCUGUUAGGUUCUGGGUUUUUCUUCCUCCACCACAGCUACAUCCUUAAGAGGGGCCUGGCCCUUGCAAGAAAAGCAGACUUAGGUAGAGUCCCCCUCAGUGGAGUCCUAGAAUUAGACCACAAUUCUUGGCAGCUUAUAGAACAAACAAACAGGGCACUCCCUACAAGGAGUCUUUCUGAGAUAUUUCUUGGGAGCCUACGUCCAACAAGAAGGUCCAGCUCAAAAAUGCAAAUUUACUCACACAGUGGAAGGAUCAAAUAGCACACACAAAAGGGUUUACAGUCUAAACAUUUUUUUCCUUAUAUACCAGUACUGAGAAUAUGAAUUAAAAAAAAAAAAAGAAAAAAAAUCUGGAGAUGGAAAGGCUGGUGAUGGAGGGCAGAGAAAAUUUCCUUUAAAUAUGUAUUAGUUUUGUCAUUUGAUUUGAAUUGGUGAUGCAAGAUUAUUUUAUAUUUUACUAUUUUUUAAAAAAUUAAAAUAGACUCAUUUUGUUUCUAGCAGGUCUACUUCAGACCUGCUGCUGCUGUGCUAAUUUGUGGGCAGAAAUCCUUUUUUGUCAUCUCAGUAUCAGCCCUGCCCAUAACAAAUAUUUACUGAAUGGUUGAGUGAGUACGCUAGUCAAGAGUUUCCUUUGUGGAGAUGUAAUUAAAAUUCAAGUUCCUCAUCCUGUCUCCCACAUCCUCUUUAUUUUUUCAAAGCUUUUUGCAGCAACAUCCUGAAAAAUAACUUCUUUGCAAGUAAAUUUCUAAACAGACUCCUAUCCAAUGUACUCUUGAAUAACUUGAAAAAUAAAACUUGGCAUAAAGGAUAUUUAAG